CCGUGGCGGAGGACGCAUGCGCGCAGGCUGGCAACCCAGCCAUGGACGUCGCGGCCCGCGCCCCGCUCGAACUCUGGCGCCGGAGGCACUGGCGGCGGUGGCGGUCGGACGAGCUGCUGGGCGCGGCUGGGCACUGGACUCCCCGUACCUUCUGGCUCUCGGGUUUCCAAGGAAAGAUUUGCGCUUCUCUUGACCCCUCACCCCAGAAGAAAGGACCGGGGUGGCAAACGUCCAGAGCCUUGGAGAUAGGCCUAAGCCUGAUUCUUGAUUCUUCCCAGAGGCCCUACUCUGCUGCUACCCACACCUCGCCUUACAGAUGUCUUCCAACCAAAACUGAAGCUGCAUGGUCUGAAGACAAAGAGAUGCCCACCCUGUCUCAUCUGCUUCCUCUCCCGACCCGUCUCUCCAAGAUGCCUUCGACUCCAGAGCAGCCCUCUGGGCACACGGAGGGACUCCCUACAUCAGAGCUGGGUUCUUGGCCCCCACUGCCCUGCGGGCCCUGCAUCCCCAUCAUGCUGGCCCUGGCCUCCCUCGCUGCACUCUUCCUCCUAACGACAGCUAUGUUGGCUGAACGCCUGUUCCGCCGCUCGCAGCACCCAGACCCCAGCACCCAUGCACCCACCCUGGUCUGGCGCCCUGGAGGAGAACUGUGGAUUGAGCCCAAGGGCACCCCCCGAGAGCGCUCCGAGGACUGGUACGGCUCUGCGGUCCCCUUGCUGAUGGACCAGGCCCCAGACCCUCCCACCCCCGGGGGCACCUUGGAGGCCCGCGCAACAGCCCCACCUGCCCCUUUAGCCCCACUCUCCCCAUCCGGCUCCGUGGUCCCCCGCACCCCACCCAGGGCCCCAGCCCGCAGCACCUUCUGGGGGCCCCAGGCCUGGGACGAGAGGCCCUGUGUCCCAGGCUUGGUGAGCUGGGCUGAGCCAGAACAGAGGCCAGAGGCCAACGUGUACUUGGGGAGCCCCCAGGCCCAGAGGCAGCGACUAGGAAGCCCUGAUCCUGAGUGGGGCCUCCAGCCUCGGGUCACCCUGGAGCAGAUCUCCGCUUUCUGGAGGCGUGAAGGUCGGACCAGCGUGGGGUUCUGAAUCCCCAGGGCCUGGAGGAUUGGCCUCCCAAAGACCCCUGAAGAAGGCCCUACCUCAGAGAGUCUCUCCAACGCCUUCAGGCCCUGAAGCUCCAGCCCAGGAGCCCAAGCUGAUACCUGGGUCCCCGGGAAGAAUGCUCCCCAUCUGCCGCCAGCCUUUUACAUCUGGAUUUCAAUUCCCUGGAUCUGGGGCCAGGCGGGCUCUGUGUGGACAGAGCGAGUGCUCCGGAGGAAGCCCAGAGGUGCCUCCCUUUGGCUGCCCAGGCCUGCAGCACAGAGAAUUCGGGAUGGGGCCAACUCUGGGCCAGAAGCCACCAAAAUCACGAUGCAGCUUAAGAUCUCAAGGUACCAGAGAGGCAGAAAAGAGCAUCAUCACAGAGACUUCCACCUUCCUUGUGCACCUAAGAUGCCGGGAUCAGAGUGCGGGGGUCCCGUGGAUGCCAAAGAACAGGCUGAGUGUGGAUGAUGAGGGUCAGUCCCCCCAGCAAGAGAGGACAGGAAGCCAGCCUCCCAGAGCCACAGAUCAUGCCUCUAGGAAAACACACACAGAGGUUAAGACCAGGCAAAGGAGCAUCUUAUUACACCUCAACUGUGGCUUUGACCCCCAACUUGCACCAGGGACUUGGUCAGCCAAACUGGAGAGGCCCCUUCCUUGCCUACAGCUGGGACCUCAAGUCAAUGGCAGGCAGCCAUUGCAGGGGGCGGGAGGCCAGCCAAGGAGACGCGAGUUUGAUCCAAUACGGAAAGGAACACUGUCCCAGGGCAGAGCGGCUCCUAAUAUGCAGCCUCUGGCCACCUUCCCUCCCAGCUUGCUGGAUCAGUCCAGAGAGACAGAUUUGCCCCAAGGCAGGCUUAUUUAUAAAGCUCCAUCCUGAAGAAAUGGAGCCCAGAGACGUCCUUGGCCCUACAGCCAUCUGUCUGAGCUGCUCUCCUCUCUGGGAGAGGAGCUAGGAGCUGGGGAAAGGGGACGGGGUUUCCGUUCCCGGGGGUCCAGCUUCCCCAACUUCACUCAUGAAUGUUAGGAUUUUUGUCGUAUCACUUUACCACCUGUACUAUUUUUUACUUUAUAUUUUUCUUUAAGAUGAUGUACUAUUCGCUUAAUAAAUUUAUUUUAAAAGGAA